UGGCAGCACCACGUUGGAAGGCUGUAAAUUUCAUGAUUGUGUAAAGAAGGCAGAUGCAGGAAACAACUACUUGAUCAACCCUCCUCAGGGCGAGUUUUCAGUGUUGACCUACCAGAUUGGGGGAGAAGUAGGACACACGUUGCCAUUCAGGUUACAAACCGUUGUGGAGGACUAUGAUGUUAGCAGGGACAUGGAGGUCAUAUUGAAGCUUCGCUGUGAUAUUCCAGCAAGAACUAAAGCAGUGAACAUCUCUCUAACUAUACCUGUUCCGAAGGAGACUUCAGGGAUGUCGCAUCAGUUGGGCUUAUCCGGGCAAACGGCAGAAUUCCAGCCCAAAGAGAAGCAAAUUUUGUGGAAAGUGAACAGCAUGAUGGGAGAGACGAGUCACAUCGCACAAUUUAAGGUACUCGUGCUUUGUAUUCUUCAGCGAGUUUAAUAACAAGACAUUCUUGGUAUUAGUUUUGAUGCCAUGGCAUGAAGGCUAUUCAAUCACACUAAGUAUUAAAAGAGGUGUGUCCUUAAUAGCACCACUCCAAAAACU